AUGAGAAUCAGUAACCUCAUUAUGGCGGCCAGCGUGGCUGGUCUGGCCUCUGCUUAUCCUCGUAGUCGAGACGUCAUUCCUGGAAAGCAAAGCAUCAAGAAGCGUGCUUCCGGGCUUACCUGGGUUGGUACCAGUGAAUCCGGUGCGGAGUUUGGUUCCAACAUCCCAGGAACCCUAAAUACUGACUACAUCUGGCCAACUACUUCCAAGAUCCAGGUGCUGCGUGAUGCUGGCAUGAACUUCUUCCGUAUUCCAUUCCUAAUGGAGCGCCUUGCGCCCAACGGCAUUACUGGAACUCUAGAUGCCACCUAUCUAGCUGAUCUGAAGUCGACCGUCGAAUUCAUCACCGACGGUGGCGCUCAUGCGCUUAUCGACCCUCAUAACUAUGGAAGAUACUCUGGAAGUAUCAUCACCUCAACCUCUGACUUUGAGACCUUCUGGAAGACUGUCGCUGCAGAGUUUGCUUCCAACGAGAAGGUCAUUUUCGAUACCAACAACGAGUACCACGACAUGGAGCAGUCCCUUGUCUUGGAGCUGAACCAGGCAGCUAUCGAUGGUAUCCGUGCAGCCGGCGCUACGACACAGUACAUCUUCGUCGAGGGCAACGCUUACAGUGGCGCGUGGUCAUGGAGCACCACCAACGACAACCUGAAAGACCUCACAGACCCCGAGGACAAGAUCGUUUACGAGAUGCACCAGUACCUCGACUCCGACAGCUCUGGUACCUCAGAGUCUUGCGUCAGCAGCACUAUCGGUGAAGAGCGUUUAGAGUCGGCCACGGAGUGGUUGAAGACCAACGGCAAGCAGGGCUUUAUUGGUGAAUUUGCCGGCGGCGUUAACUCCGUUUGCGAGACUGCCGUUGAGGGCAUGCUGGCUUAUUUGUCGGAGAAUAGUGACGUCUGGACGGGCGCCUCCUGGUGGUCUGCUGGUCCCUGGUGGGGGACCUAUAUGUAUAGUAUCGAACCGACUGAUGGCCCGGCUUACUCGACUUACCUUCCCAUAUUGGAGAAGUAUUUCGUGGACGAUUCUAGCUCCAGCACUAGCACCAGCACCAGCACUACCUCUGCUGCUGCUGUUGUGAAGGCUGCUACUACCACAUCGGCCCAGGAAACAACUGUUUCCUCUUCCUCUACCUCUUCCACCCCGGCCUCUUCUACUACCUCUACUACCUCUACUACCGCAGAAGUUACUACUACCCCAAUCACUAAACUUCAGGUAUCGGGUAGUGCCCCGACUGAAGUGAAGACUUCCGCCAGCACCUCAGUUGGAACACCUUCCAGUCUCUCAGCCGCCUUCACGUCCAUCUCAACAUUUGUUAAGGCAACCUCAACCCAGCCAGUCGCCUGCUCCACAACCACAACGUCAAGCAGUGGCCUUGCUACCCAUUAUAACCAGUGUGGUGGAACCAACUACUCUGGCCCGACCACCUGCGAGAGUCCGUAUAUCUGCAAGGUCCAGAACCCUUACUACUCUCAGUGUGUUUCGGCAUCGGAGUAG